GUGUCUGUAGUGGAAGCACAAUUGGAGUAUGCUAUGGCAGAAAUGCUGAUGACCUUCCCACCCCUGAUAAAGUAGCACAGCUGGUUCAACUUCACAAGAUUAAAUACAUAAGGGUAUAUGACUCCAAUAUCCAGGUUAUCAAGGCCUUUGCAAACACAGGAGUGGAGCUCAUGAUUGGGAUUUCAAAUUUAGACUUGUUGCCAUUCUCUCAGUUCCAGUCCAAUGCUGACACCUGGUUAAAAAACAGCAUCCUCCCCUACUAUCCGGCUACAAAGAUCACAUACGUAACUGUAGGAGCUGAAGUCACAGAAAUCCCUGAUAAUGUCUCUGCCCUAGUAGUACCUGCCAUGCAAAAUGUUCACACAGCUCUGAGAAAAGCUGGUUUGCAUAGGAAGAUCAAAGUCUCUAGUACCCAUUCCCUAGGCAUUUUGUCCCGAUCGUUCCCACCUUCUGCAGGAGCUUUUAAUAGUAGCCAUGCAUUCUUUCUGAGACCCCUGUUGGAAUUUCUUGCUGAUAACCAGUCACCCUUCAUGGUUGAUAUAUAUCCUUACUAUGCUUAUAGAGAUUCCUCAAAUAAUGUCUCCUUAGAUUAUGCUCUGUUUGAAUCAUCCUCUGAAGUUAUUGACCCGAAUACUGGUUUGCUUUACACAAACAUGUUUGAUGCCCAGAUAGAUGCUAUUUACUUUGCUUUGAUGGCUCUACAUUUCAGGACAAUUAGAGUCAUGGUCACUGAAACGGGCUGGCCUUCAAAAGGGUCAGCCAAGGAGACAGCCGCAACUCCAGACAACGCCCAGACUUACAAUACCAAUCUGAUUCGCCAUGUUAUCAAUAAUACUGGCACCCCGGCAAAGCCCGGAGAGGAGCUAGAUGUGUAUGUGUUUUCGUUGUUUAACGAGAACAGGAAGCCUGGUUUGGAAUCUGAGAGGAACUGGGGGUUGUUUUAUCCUGAUCAGACAAGUGUCUACAGCCUUGAUUUCACUGGAAGAGGUGCUGUGGACAUGACCACGGGAGCAAAUAUCACGAGUUCAAAUGGAACUUGGUGCAUUGCUUCAUCAACUGCUUCUGAAGCUGACUUAAAGAAUGCCCUGGAUUGGGCUUGUGGUACCGGGAAUGUGGACUGUUCUGCUAUUCAGCCUAGCCAGCCUUGUUUUCAGCCAGAUAGUCUAUUAUCACAUGCAUCUUAUGCAUUCAACAGUUAUUAUCAGCAAAAUGGAGCUACUGAUGUUGCUUGCAGCUUUGGAGGAACUGGGGUUAGAUCAAAUAAGAACCCCAGCUAUGACAAGUGUUUGUAUAUGACAUCAGGGAGCAACAAAACUGCUGCAAGUAAUGUUACGGCAAAUCCUUCAAAGUCUGCUUCUUCAAAUAUGAAUGUCUCUAUGUGGUUAUCUAGUUGCCUACUGUUGACUUUUCUCUCAUUCUUUUGAAUCCAGUCAGUGUCCAGAAGGAACUCAAUUUUGGUAGUGGUGGUAUCUUUGGAGAAGCAAAAAGGUUAUUUCCAUAGGAAUUUUUUUGAGUUGCAUGAAAGGGAUGUGCUCCUCCUCCUCCU